AAAGGCUAAGGCAUAUGCUGGUCUUGCUGCUGUUGCUGCAUGGUACGGACUCUUUCUAUGUACCUGGUGUGGCUCCUAUCAACUUCCACCACAAUGAUCCUGUAGAAAUAAAGGCUGUGAAGCUCACCAGCUCACGAACCCAGCUGCCAUACGAGUACUACUCGUUGCCCUUCUGCCAGCCCACCAAGAUAACGUACAAGGCUGAGAACCUCGGUGAGGUUCUUCGGGGGGACCGAAUUGUAAAUACGCCUUUCCAGGUUUCCAUGAACAUGGAGAAGAAAUGUGAAGUGCUGUGCAACUUUCCUAAUAAGCCGGUUGUUCUGACAGUGGAGCAGAGCAAGCUGAUCGCCGAGCGGAUCAGGGAAGAUUACUAUGUCCAUCUCAUUGCUGAUAACCUCCCUGUGGCAACACGGCUGGAGUUUUAUUCCAAUCGUGAGGAAGAGGAGAAGAAGAAGGAGAAGGAUGUGCAGUUCGAGCAUGGAUACAGGCUUGGGUUUAUGGAUGGUAACAAGUUCUACCUGCACAACCACCUCUCCUUCAUCCUUUACUACCACAGAGAGGAUGUGGAAGAGAACCAGGAACCCACCUACAGGGUUGUGCGCUUUGAAGUGAUUCCCCAAAGCAUUAAACUAGAAGACUUGAAGGCUGAUGAGAAGAGUAUGUGCACCCUGCCUGAAGCUACGGGCUCUGCCCCUCAGGAAAUAGAUCCUUCUAAGGAGAACCAGUUGCUCUUCACCUAUUCUGUCCACUGGGAGGAAAGUGACAUUAAAUGGGCCUCCCGCUGGGACACCUACCUGACCAUGAGCGAUGUGCAGAUCCAUUGGUUUUCCAUCAUUAACUCGGUUGUGGUCGUCUUUUUCCUUUCAGGUAUUCUGAGCAUGAUCAUCAUCCGGACUCUCCGGAAGGACAUUGCUAACUACAACAAGGAAGAUGACAUUGAAGAUACUAUGGAGGAAUCUGGUUGGAAACUUGUGCAUGGAGAUGUCUUCAGGCCUCCUCAGUAUCCUAUGAUCCUCAGCUCUCUCCUGGGUUCUGGAAUUCAGCUCUUCUGUAUGAUCCUGAUUGUCAUCUUUGUUGCUAUGCUGGGGAUGCUGUCGCCUUCUAGCCGGGGUGCGUUGAUGACUACUGCCUGCUUUCUCUUCAUGUUCAUGGGGGUUUUUGGUGGAUUCUUUGCUGGCCGCUUAUACCGGACUCUGAAAGGGCAUCGAUGGAAGAAGGGAGCCUUUUGUACAGCUACCCUGUAUCCGGGUGUCGUCUUUGGUAUCUGCUUUGUCCUGAACUGUUUCAUCUGGGGGAAACACUCCUCUGGAGCGGUAGCUUUCUCGGUGUGGGUGCUGAUGCAGUGGGUGACUGGGGGGUUGGUCUGGCCGGUGACUUCAGUCUCCAGGGGAGGUGAGCCGUCAGCGCCCUUGGUCUACCUGGGUUACUACUUUGGAUUUCGCAAGCAGCCCUAUGACAAUCCCGUACGGACCAAUCAGAUUCCCAGACAGAUCCCGGAGCAGAGGUGGUACAUGAAUAAAUUUGUCGGGAUUCUCAUGGCUGGUAUUCUGCCUUUUGGAGCUAUGUUCAUUGAACUGUUCUUCAUUUUCAGCGCAAUCUGGGAGAACCAGUUCUAUUACCUUUUCGGCUUUCUCUUCCUGGUGUUUAUAAUCCUGGUGGUGUCGUGCUCCCAAAUCAGCAUUGUCAUGGUGUACUUCCAGCUUUGUGCUGAGGAUUACCGCUGGUGGUGGAGGACCUUCUUGGUGUCCGGAGGAUCUGCCUUCUAUGUGCUGAUCUACGCCAUCUUCUACUUUGUGAACAAGCUGGAUAUUGUUGAGUUCAUUCCCUCCUUGCUAUACUUUGGCUACACCGCCCUGAUGGUCUUGUCCUUCUGGCUCCUCACUGGCACCAUUGGCUUCUAUGCAGCCUACAUGUUUGUCCGGAAGAUCUAUGCCGCAGUGAAAAUAGACUGAAGCUGCACGGACCCAGCAGCAAAUAGACACCUCUGAAUGCGUGUCCUCCUGGGAGCGAAGGGGACAUCUUCUCCCAACUCUUCUAAGGAAAAAAAAAAAUCCAGUGGGAGAGUGACAAGAGAAAUAAAUAACUCCUCGUUUAGGAAUGUAACUUUGGCACAGUGUACAUGGAUUCUGGGCUACUUCUGGGGGGAAAAGGGGUCUGUAGAUACCUUACAUUUUAACUUUAUUAUCCUGGUCCAUAUUUGAGGGAGUUUUUUAGCAGAGAAAUAUCCCUCUGUAUAAGUAAACCCCCUUUUUGCUAAU